CUCCCCGGCCUCCCUGAUGCCGAGGAAUGGAUAGAGCGGCUGCCCUGCGAGCCGCCGGCAUGCUGGAGAGGAAGGAGCGGAGCGGCGGCGAGGCGGCGGCCGGCGGCGGUGCGGGGCCCCGGACGGGCGCGGCGACGCGGGGCUUGCCGGCGGUGCGGAGCACGCUGCAGCAGUGCGGGCUGCUGCAGGACCUCAUCGACAUCUCGCUCUCCAACCUGCGCGGGCUCCGCACGAAGUGCGCCGCGUCCAACGACCUCACCCAGCAGGAGAUCCGCACCCUGGAGGUGAAACUGAUUGACUACAUCCACAGACAGCGGCAAUGCAAGCUGAGCGUGCCCCUCAACGACAGGACAGCAGAGCUCAACAGCUACCCGAGGUUCCACGACUGGUUAGAUAUCGUCAACGUGAGGAAAGAAGUUGUACAGAGAAUACCAGAGGAGCUAACCUUAGAUGCCUUACUAGAAAUGAAUGAGUCAAAGGUGAAGGAGACAAUGAAGAGGUGUGGGGCCAGAGAUGAGGAGUGCUCCAGGCUCAAUGGGGCACUGAGCUGCUUACGGAAGGCGACUGAAUCAGGUGGGGAGCUAAAAGACGACGUGCUGAUGAACCUGUCUGAGGCACGGCGGGAGAACAGCCCGACCAACCCCGAGUCCCCCUGCUCCUCUGCGCCCGCCUGGAGCCCCUCGGCCCUGCACCUCCCCAGGGGCAGCAGCCAGCAGCCACGCUCCGUCUCCGUGUCCACCAUCCCAUCUUCAGACGCUCUCACCUCGAGUCACGGACCUUCUAUCUAUGCAGAAAACCUCCUGGACCCUUUUGCACACAGUGGAAGGCUGACGCCAAGGACUCCUCACAGCAUCACCAUCACUCCCCCCACCACUCCUCAGGCCAAGAGGCGGCAUAAGUUUAAGCCGCCACGGACUCCUCCUCCCCCUUGCCGGAAGGUUUUUCAGCUGCUACCCAACUUCCCAACCCUCACGCGGAGCAAGUCCCAUGAAUCACAGCUGGGAAACAGGAUAGAUGAAGUUCCUCCAAUAAAGUUCGAACUCUCCCAAGGGUCCCCUCAGACGGUACGAAGAGACUUCGGCUUAGCGGUGACACACAGGUUCUCUACAAAGUCUUGGUUAUCUCAGAUUUGCCAAGUCUGUCAGAAAAGCAUGAUGUUCGGGGUGAAGUGUAAGUACUGCAGAUUAAAAUGUCACAACAAGUGUACUAAAGAGGCACCUGCCUGUAGAAUAUCCUUCCUUCCCAUAGCAAAAAUAAGAAGAACAGAGUCUGUCCCUUCUGAUAUCAAUAACCCAGUGGACAGACCAACAGAACCCCAGUUUGGAACUCUUCCCAAAGCACUAACUAAAAAGGACCAUCCACCAGCAAUAAAUCACCUGGACUCUAGCAGUAAUCCUUCUUCUACAACCUCCUCUACCCCGUCUUCCCCAGCACCUUUCCAGUCUUCCAACCCCCCCAGUGCGACGCCGCCCCCGAACCCGUCCCCCAUGGGCCAGAGGGACGCACGGUUCAACUUCCCAGCUGCCUACUACAUUCAACAUAGACAACAAUUUAUCUUCCCAGAAAUUCCCAGCCCUGCACAAACAGCACAACCUCCAGAACCAGCCGCAGACACUAAUGCUGAUCAACAGCCAGAGGCAGAUGGAGUUGGAUGUGAAGCAGAGGUGGAAGAACGAGAGACUAAUAAAUCAGAACCUGAAGAUGAUGAGGAUGAGGUGGAAGAUUUGCCAAACAGGCGGCCACACUUGCAAGGGAUGAUUUAUCGCAAACCAAGCCAGACCAGCGUCUACCUGCAAGAGUGGGACAUCCCCUUUGAACAGAUUGAACUGGGGGAUCCUAUCGGCCAAGGGCGGUGGGGGAAGGUUUACAAGGGGAAAUGGCACGGGGAGGUGGCCAUCAGGCUCCUGGAGAUAGACGGGAACAACCAGGACCAUCUCAAGCUCUUCAAGAAGGAGGUGAUGAACUACAGACAGACGCGGCACGAGAACGUGGUACUUUUCAUGGGAGCCUGCAUGAACCCUCCUCACUUAGCAAUCAUUACCAGCUUCUGCAAAGGAAGGACGCUUCACUCGUUCGUGAGGGACCACAAGGUCUCCCUGGACAUUAACAAAACGCGGCAGAUAGCGCAGGAGAUCAUUAAGGGCAUGGGGUAUCUCCACGCGAAGGGGAUUGUUCAUAAGGAUCUGAAAUCCAAGAACGUUUUCUAUGACAACGGGAAAGUUGUGAUCACUGACUUUGGAUUAUUUGGAAUUUCAGGCGUGGUGCAGGAAGGAAGGAGGGAGAAUGAGUUGAAGCUGCCUCACGACUGGUUGUGCUACCUGGCCCCCGAAAUCGUUCGUGAGAUGGCCCCUGGGAAGGAUGAAGACAAGCUGCCUUUCUCCAAAGCUGCAGAUAUCUAUGCCUUUGGGACUGUGUGGUAUGAGCUCCAAGCCAGAGAAUGGCCUUUCAAGAGCCAGCCGGCGGAGGCUCUCAUCUGGCAGAUCGGCAGCGGGGAAGGAGUGAAACAAGUCCUUGCAACUGUUAGUCUGGGGAAAGAAGUCAAUGAGAUUCUCUCGGCGUGCUGGUCCUUCGAGCUCGGCGAGAGACCCAGCUUCACUGUCCUCAUGGAGAUGCUUGAAAAACUGCCAAAACUGAAUCGUCGGCUCUCCCACCCCGGGCAUUUCUGGAAAUCUGCUGACAUUAACAGUAGCAAAGUUGUCCUGCGUUUUGAAAGAUUUGGCUUGGGAAUCCUGGAGCCAAGUCACCAAAAGCUGUAGCGUGGGGUGUAACCCCCUGUGAGCGCGUUGUCUCCUCCCGACACCCGGCGUCACCGGCCUCCGCCGAUCCCUGCGGGGACGCAGCCCCGGGGGGGCCGUGCAGCCUGAACCCUGCCUGAGCACCAGCAGUUAUUUAAAGGAUGUUUACAUGAUACUUUUGUGUGAACUAUAUUUUUUAAACAUAAUAAACAGUGAAUCAAGUUUAACUAGAGCCAUUCUCAAAUAGCACUGAAAAAAAGAGAACUAUUUCUAGUUCCUUCUCCCAUCUGUGGUAAAGAGGAGGACUCUCUGCCUCCAGAGCAGUCGUUUCCCCACGAGGGUGGAAGGGGCUCGUUGCAGAACAGCAGCGCGUCGGGUACGAGGGGUUGGAGUUCCAGAGAGGAUUUUUCUUUCCUUAAGGUGAAAUCAAUCUCUUGCCCAAACCGGCCCCUGAGCCCCAGGUUUGUGUGGGCAGGGCUGGGCCAGAUGCUGGGGACCUGCCUGAAGUCCCACCAGGACAGAUCUCCUGGGAGCGUUUCCCAUCGCGUAGGCUGGGUCUGGGGUACAGACCCGAGUGCUCCUCCACACAGAACUCACACUAAAAGCUCCUUGUGCUCCUGCAGUCCUGGAGGAAGCUUAGGACUGGCUCCUUGAUACAGAUCUGCAUCCAGGGACCAGUUCUUUGAAGUUUUAGGCACAACAAGUCCUAGUCCCCUAAAGCAGCAGCAUUUCUGGCAAUAAUACACUGACCGACCGGGCGCAGCCAUUUCAGCUGCAGGAGAAAAGGCAUUUUUUUAGAGCUGCGGGGAACAGCGAGAGAUGAGAAGGGGAAAAGCCAUCCCUAAAUAACACAUUAAAUAAGGGCUUGUUGCACAGGGCUCAUCAAGAGAUUCCAAGUCAUUCCCUCCCCCCCACGCUGGGCACAUCACAGUUUACAAGCUGUUCUAAAAAACGUAGGACUAAAGCAGUUGUUUUGAGGAAGACUAAGAACGACAGAAAUCUUGCAGCCAGGACAGUUACAUCUUGCUCUAGAGGGAAUGACUCAACCCAGCAGCUCAGCCUUGUUUCAGAGGUUAAUUUUAAGGCAAGACAACCCCCAAACCACCCCCUCUCCAAGGUGUGAUGUGCAGGUUAUAAAGGAGACACCCCGUUACCCCACUUAAGGUGACAGAUGCAAAUGAAGUGUGAGCAGCGUUAGCAGAGGCUCCCUCCUCCCUCCCCUUCACGUUCCCCUCCCGACUUCCCGAGUGGGGAACCCUCACGGGACCAUCAACUUUCAGACCUUUUCUGUCCCUCGGUUUGUUGGGCUGGUUCAUCCAGGCUCUCUAGUCAUUCACUUCUCCAGCACCACCAGCAUGUUACCCCCCCCCAACCCCUUUACCCACAUGGCUUUGGCAGGAGGCUCAGGAGAAAGGGGCUCUGAGGUCCUCUAUGGGGCGGGCAGAGGGGCAGGAGCUCCUUUGGCUACUUGGGGGGGGUGACUCUUGUAGAAAAUUAAGCGGCAAAAGUAUUUCCUGAGUUCUGUUGAGCAGAGCUUCACUCGGCCACGGGCAAGUCAGUUACAUUCACUUACAAAUAUUUUGAUAGAGUGACUUUUUAAAUGUGUCUUGGCUAUCAAAGAGAUGGGUUUGGUGGUUGCCAGGUGUGGCGUUGGGGUCUCUCCUGCCCCCCGUCUAGAGCUGGAGCCCGGCAGAGGCUGGUGCCGGAGGCAGCGCGUCGCUCUGGAACCUGUGGUUCUGCCAUUUGAGGGUGGCAGCGGCUCCUCCCGAGUUAUUUCUGCCAUUUCUUUGCGUAAAACGAGCCCCAAAACCUGGGACACC